ACUCUGAGAGAUUUCGUAAGAUGAGGCUAUCUACUAAACACGCAAAGACUUGUGUGCUGAGAUCAGAUGAAAGAGUCGUCCGAAUAAUAGUGGGAUCCGGAUAUUGGUGGGCUGCCAUGUUAUGAUAUAUAUUAUUGCCAGACAGGACAAUUUGGCGCACAGAUAGAUGUGGAAAUAUAUUGGCAUGCUGAUGUUCUUGUUUUGCUGCUAUAUGUCUACUGCUGAUCUGAUGAGAUUAAUAAAUAAUCAUGGUCUUCGAAUAGAGAACCAGAAGCCUUUAUUUUUGUACCCUAGGGAGCAUCCUUGUAUUGUCUACAUCGGAGUCAUCCAGACAGCUGGUCUUGUAAACUUGUGUCGGAUAACUACCACCGACUACAUGACUCAAUCCAUCUAUAUCGGCUAUACGGAGUAGCUUGCUGCCGAUUUACAGCCCUGCACUGUUGCAUACUCCAGAGGACUCGCGCACAGCUAUCCCCGCAGAUCGUU